CUAGCAGGCAUACCGACGGAUUUGGAGCAGCUCUCAUCUUUAGCGGACAUGGCCAAGAAAGGAAUCCAGUAUGUCGUGGUGGAUGCCUUCACGGCCCAGCCGUUCAAGGGCAACCCGGCCGCGGUGUGCUUCCUGGAGGACGACGCGGCCGCCCCCGCGGGAGACGGGCGGUGGAUGCAGUCCGUCGCCGUCGAGUUCAACCUCUCCCAGACGGCCUUCUUCUCCCGUGACUCGUCCUGCGCGGCCGAUGCCGCCACGCCGCGGUUCCACCUCCGCUGGUUCACCCGCGUCACGGAGGUCGCGCUCUGCGGGCACGCGACGCUGGCCACCGCCCACUUCCUCUUCACGUCUGUCCUCGCGGAGCGCCAUGGCGUGGUUGAGUUCGUGACCACGUCCGGGGUCCUGACCGCCAAGAAGGUUCCUGCACCGGAGGCGGAGAAGCAGGGGAAGCUGUUCAUUGAGCUGGACUUCCCCAUGAGUGAUUAUGUGCGUUGCGAUCCCGCCGGCGAGCUGCCGUCCAUCCCGGAGACGCUCAACGGCGCGCCCGUCGUCAGUGUUCACAAAUCAGUGACCACCAACGACUUCAUCGUUGAACUUUCAUCAGGAAAAGAGGUCGCCGAUGUCCUUCCUAACAUCGAAGAAAUUAGAAAGUGUGCCGGCAGAGGUGUGAUUGUUACAGCACCGGCGCCUGCUGGAUCGGGUUAUGACUUCUUCACACGCUUCUUCUGCCCAAAAUUUGGGAUUGAUGAGGAUCCCGUAUGUGGCAGUGCACACUGUGUUUUGGCACCCUACUGGGGUGGAAAGCUGGGGAAGCAAAAACUGAUAGCAUUUCAGGUAUCUCCAAGGAGUGGGACACUAUACCUGGAGCUGGAUGUUGUGAAUCGGCGAGUGCGGAUUCAGGGAGAAGCUGUUACUGUCAUGGCUGGGACACUCUUCGCUUAGCUUGCAUAUUGACCAUCCAUGGACUUGCUCUAUGAACUUGGGAGAAAUAAAUAUAUUUGCUGCUAUGUGCUGGUUGUUAGAAGUAUAUUUACGUUUAAGAUAAAGAUAAAAGAUAGAAAUAGGAUAGGUUUAACUUGUCCUCUACUCCAUAGUCUCUCUCCCUCCAUUGUACCUCUCUAUAUACCCCUACACGGGUCAGAUCAAUACAACAUAAUAUUCAUCCA